AUGGAGCUGGAUUUGAAGACGAGGAAGUGGAGGAGGUUAUCCGGGUACGCGUUGAGGCCCAAGGACGGGGAUUAUUCAUGUCCCGGACCGAGGAAGAAUGCUGCGAGUUGGGUGUCGAAGGACAAGACCAAGUUUUUCUUGCUUUAUGGACAUAUUGAUCGACAGGGGUGGCAAUUGAGGAAUGAGCCCCAUGGAGAGGAAGAAGCGUUUUGUUUUCGUGAUAUGUGGAGCUGGGAUUUGAGGGAGGAGAAGUGGCGCCCUGAACGGAUUGCUGGGAAUUAUCCUUGUUCGAGGACGGAGAUGGGUUUUACAUAUAACGAAAAGUUAGAUAAAGCGGUGAUUUUUGGCGGGUACAGCCCGUCAAUGACAACAGUCUACCGCGAAAAAAGCAUCUCUUUCCAAUUCGCCUACCUCGCCGACACCUUCGUCUACGAAUCCCCCGACUCGAAUUCACAACACUCCACACCGCGUCCAUCUUCCAUCUCCUCCAGCACACCAAUACCCGCCUCCGCAAUCUCUCAGCCCAAAUGGAGACAAGUCAUCACCCACGGCUUUCCCACAUACCGAUGCACGGCGCAAUUGGUGACGGACACUGACACAGGGAAGAUGUACCUCUUUGGAGGGUACGUCAAUUCCGACUUUAUACCCUGCCGCCCGGACGUGGUGUCCAAGCCUUUUGGCGAUUUGUGGGAGCUCCGGUUGGAUGUUCCUGGUGGGCAUUUUGAUGCCGUUGAUUUGGAAGAGGAGAUAAGGACGGCCAAGGCUGGUCCUUAUCAAAGGUGUUUUGCGUGUGGGAAUGCUGGGCCUUGGAGGAAAUGUGGAGGUUCAUGUCGUGGUAGGGUGUUCUUCUGUGGUUCCGAGUGUCUUAAGGAUGGUUGGAAGGAGCACAAGACGAUGCAUGGAUGUCGGAAAACAUAGACUAUAUCUACUCGAAAAUAGGGAA